AGAAGAAAGAGGCAAAGUAGUAGUAGUAGUAGUAGUAGUAGUAGUGGUAGCAGAAGCAGAAGAAGAAGAAGAAGCAUCAGCAGCUUGUUUUCAUUUACUGGGAGGUUUCAGUUUGGACUUAUUCGGUAUGGCUGAUUCUGGAUCCGGUUCAGGAACAGGAAGCCACAACCGGUUCAACUGCUUGGACUCCGUGUCUCCUCACUCGUCUAUGAGGACGAAUACAGAUGACGUCAUCGCCAAAAUCAACCAGCAAAUUAACAUGAUCAAGGAGGGAGCUAAGAAAGAAAGAAGUCGCAGUGACAGGUUCACAUUUCCAAACCCUGAGCGUUUCUACAAAUCAGAUGAAUUUGUUAGCGAUGAAAUGUCUCAGCAUGGAAGCAUAGACUUUGUUGCACUGGAUGUACUCAAAGAUGGUGAUGGCUGUAGUGAUGCCGAAGCUACAAAAAUGCAGCAAUCGUCAGCGUUCGUCAGUAGGAGGAAGGUGAAAGCUAAGUUAAGGAAACGCCGACGGAAAGCUCUGAAGGCUGCAGCAAAAGCCCUGGCGCAGGGCCUCAGUAACAGUAACGUGGUAACAGUACAUGGCAUAGCUGACUCAACAGCUGAGAGGAUGCAUAAGAGCUUCUGUUCUGAUAAACCUGAACAAGAAGGGAAGAAGAGGAAGGAGAGUCCGACUGCAGCCGAUGAGCCAGAGUUUAAAAUGGUCAAGACUGAGUCCAUAGGAGGUGACGAGACCAGCGAUGAUUCAUCAAUUGAGAUGGAGGCGUCUGAGAGAGCUGCAAUUCUUGUAACUGCCUCCAACCCAGGAGCUGAAGGACAAAGUAGUGUUUUGUCUAUUGAAGAGGAGCUUACUCAGCUUAAAAUGAAGCUUCAGAAAAAGAAGGUUCCACUCUCCAUCAGUGAUGCAGGAAGUCACACUGAGGAGAACAAUGAGGAUUUAACUUCUAUCCCAGCCUCCAAAGCAGCAGCUGAAGGGCAAAUUUUCUUUACAAAAGUGGAUUUUGCUCAACAAAAGCAGUUGGAGGCGAAGACCGACCAUGUGAUGAAUUCUACAGAGCAGCAGGGCAGACAAACUCAGACUCAUGAAGGCACACAGAGGAAGCAGGGCUGCUUUUGGAGACCAGGAAUGAAGAUCACAGCCCAGAGGGUAGCUUUUGUAUGUUCAGUGUGCAAGUUCCACUCAUUCUACAGAAGCAACAUGGCAGCCCACCUGGAGAGCAAAUUCCACAAAGAUCACUUCAAGUUCCUGUCAGAGCACCUCUCUGAACCGACAGUGGACUUCCUGCAGACUCAUUUCAGUAAUAAGCAUAAGAGCGUUGAGGAUUUCAUUAAUCAGAUACCGAAUCACCGUGCUGCCAUCUGUCAGCUGUAUGAAGAUCGGGACCUGACUCGAGAUAUCGAUAUGGAGCACUUCAUGAGGAAGGCAGAAGCAGCUCACUGUCUAGCGUGUGAUGAAUAUAUCCCCAUGCAGCGUUACUUAAUUCAGCAACACCUCAAGUCCUCUGAUCAUAACCACAACUGCAAGAUUAUGAUGGAACAAUCUAAAAAUACAGGGCUGUCCAUUGCCCAGAACAUCCUCAGUCACAGAUUCACCCACAAGAAACUGAAGCUCUACCUUAAAAACUCCGUGGUGACGGGUGGGCCUGAAGUGAAACCGGAAGAGGCAUGGACAAUAGGGCAAAGGUCAGUUCCAGAUGCAGAAGCAGAUAUGAUGAAGCAAGAGGCGGAGACAUUCUGUGAACAGGUGAUCCAGGCUUCAGAGGCAGUAGGUGAUAGGAAAGACGAAGAGGUGGAGCCAUUCUGUGGAUCGACGAUCCAAGCUGCAGAGACAGUAGGAGAUAGGAAAGACCAAGAGGUGGAGCCAUUGUCUGAAGGGGUGGUCCCAGCUGCAGAGGCAGAAAAGAAUGGGACGGAGCAACAGGCAGAGCCAAUGUGUGAAAGGAUGGUUCCAGCUGCAGAGAAAAUAAGGAAUGAGGAUGUACGAGAGAAACCUGAAAAACAUAACCUGACUGAAUUGCUUUUUGACUUGCUGGAUGAAGAGGACGACGUGGAAGGAGUGGAGUUGGGAGAGGAAGAACUGGGAGAAAAUGACUACAUUUAGGAGGCAAAAACUUUGACCUCUGUGACCCUUUAUUAGUCUCUUAGCUAUUCUCUGCAGAUUCUGUUGCCUGGAGCAAGUCGAACUCGUGGAUCUCAUGGAAGUUUAAUAGAUUUUAUGUACGUCUGUAACAUUUAUGAAUUAUAACUACACACUUUUUUCUCUUUACAUGAACACUUUUCCACCAAGACAGUGCUGCUGCCAAAUCUGAUAGCUUCCAGCACUUUCCCACCAGCAGUUUGUCCUAGGCAUACACUGGGGUCUGGACCCCAGGAACAGUGACAUCGCUGGCAUGGGGGUGGUGCCCUUUUGUCAGUGACAGUUCAGGCAACAAGACGUGAACAGUGCUAAUGGUUUUGAAAAUUAUUAUUAAAAAAGGUUAAAUAUUAUAACAGUGGAUACGUGCUCUGAGCAGGACACAAACCAUUUUAUAAGCAAUAGCAAAAUAUCUUUGUGUUGUGAAUGAAAGAAUCAUGUUGGAAUUGUAAAAUCUGUUCUUAAUACCAGAAAUACUACUUAUUUUUGUGCUGUGCAUGAGUAAAUUCAUUCUGCUGAGCACAUAGUAGUUUGGCUCACAAACCGGUAGAAACGUGCCCUGGUUUUCUUAGAGGAUGAUUCUGUAUAACUGGACGAAAACAACUGUAGCUCCAUCUAGAACCUGAGUUCCUGUUUUUCUCAGCACAGAGUUUGGUGUCACUCCAUAUCAGCAGUAUGAAUUUUUUAUUGCGCUAAUGGAAAAAGUGAGUCUGAUUAUACAAGAUGGAGGCCCCUAUCAAUCAUGCGCUGGUGUUCAGCUUCACUGAAGAGUUUAGUGCAUGUUUGUAGAUGACAGGAAGUCUCACUUCAAGCAAAGGUCUAAGAGAGAGUUUUGUUUGGUAUAUUAGCCUUGUAGCUUUUGUGCUAUACACUGUAACUUUACUCAUCCAAUCAGACUCAGCUGAUUGACUACAUUUGGAGCAGGUGAACGGAACAUUGUGUGCGUUUAGUUUUUUGUUGUUAAUAAGCCAGUUGUUAAUAAGCUAGUCUGCUGUAUAAUGUGUUUUUUACUCAGCAGUUUUAUGAGAAUUUAUUUAGUUUUUCAUUGAAGUUAAUCAGAAACACAAGAAAUUCAAACAAAAACACCUGAAUCACACCUAAUGUAUGAGGGUUGUGGUAUGAAUACAGAUGUUAUAGAAGUGGGAUAAAAAGAAUGUCUGGAGUAAAUAAUGAUUUCUGCACUAUUUGUAAGCAAUAUCCAGAAAUGAUAGUUGAUGAAAUUCAUGCAUGUGAUGAUUUACAAUGAAAAUUAGUGACUACUCAGUUUCUGAUUGGUGGUUGGUGAUGUCAAUGUUUGCUGACUGCUUCAAAUGUUACUUUAGUAAACCUGGAGACAUGGGGCCAGUAAGCCAGGUUUGGCCUCUAGGUGGCACUACAGUGUUAUAUGGGUCACAGCUCAAUGUUGCUAAAAGUUUAUCUGAAUCAGUGCCAUCUGGUCGUCAGUUUGGAUCCAGACUUCCAAAUAAUGUUCCCAACACUGCACCUUCCUGAUUUUGGAUUUUAUGUUACAUAGAAAAUAAACAAAUCUUUGACCAAA